AUGCCCACUGCCGAUCAAGUUCAAGAGAGUCGAGGCACAAACGAGGAGACUCCUCAAGAUCCAAUAAACGGCGGUCGGAAUAUGGGCUGUUGCCGCCGAUAUCUCCGGCGACUCGCGGCUAAUGUACACGUGCGGCAGCUCCUUGAACUCGAUGAUGCAAUGCGUGACCCGGAGGACCUGGUUGAGCAAAUCAAGAACAGCCUCGAACCUUUUUUUCAGGUCCCCCGCGUGGUCCUUGAGGGCCGCGAUGUUUUUCGCGAGUGGAUUUGUCGUCUGGAGCUGCUCGACGAGCCAAAACUCGCCGUAAUUGAUAGCGAAGGCCGCGAAUACGAUCACGGCCUUAGCAUCCCACGAGUAGCUCGAAAGGGACUUGAGGAGCUCCAUGGUGACCGUGAUUUUGACGAUUUCUGCAUCGGGAUCGGCGGACGGGAGGUGGGGAGUGUGGAAAACUUUAUCGUCCGAAGGCCGGUGGGUCGAGUGGUGGAGGGACUUCUCAUCAUGUGGCGACACAGUGAAUACCGAAGAAGUCGAGUCGUGAGCCGAGAUGGGCCUAGUGAGGCGCAAGAUAUCCUCGAUAAUGGCAAGAAUGGGCCUAACGUCGAGGUCCUCCAUGUCGGGCGCGUGAGUCGCGAGGACUUGCUUGGUGAGGGCAUUAUCGUCCGAGGAAAGUACGCCGCGAUCACGGGCCUUGCGGCCCGGGGCAAGAAGGCCCGUGGGCUUAUGGGGAUCAGUGACGGGCGUAUCAAGUUGAUCGUAGCUCGGUUUGUGUUCGGUCGAGACGGGCGCGAGACGCCUAUCGGCCAUCGACGGGUGAGGCUUGAGUGCCGGGAUAAGGCUCGACGACAUUGUUUGGGUAAUGGGGAGGGAGUAAAUUGGGCCAUGACUUCAUCAAAAUAUGGGUAUACAAUUAGGCAUCUCAGGGCGUGCAACUAUUAA